AUGAUGGCAUUCGACAACUUUGUCCGCCGCGCUCAACCGCCGCGAUGACCGAUUCCACAUGGAACAUCAUGGAGGAUCUGCAGUUCUUAAUUGCUACAGAUGAAGAGCUGCAAGACGACCUUGUUCACGUGUGUAAUCUCUUGGACAGCGACCCGUCCACGGACGACCACCAUGGAACGAAGCCAUCGACCGAAGCACCGACCGUACGGCGGCGCAAGCGCCGCGUCCGUGUUGAUAACUACAAAAUGGAAGUCACGAUGCUUCGAGCUCAAGUAGACACGCUCAAAGCACAACUAGACCACUUGAAACUCACGAAUCCAACCAUGGACAUGUCUGCGUGGAAGCUCGCUGCACGCCGCGAACGCAUGGAAGCCAUGCGGUGUCAGGUCGAAAACAACGAGUUGAGGGCGGCAGUGGACGAACGAGAGUCGUUGCUCGAGCACAUGAAGCGGCUAUUGAACAAGAAGCCCCGCUGGAAUUUGUCCGAGUCGUCGUGGGACGAAGAGUGGUCGAGCUACAAGCUUGCUGCACAGACGUCGCUGCGCGUCGCAGCCAUCCAUGCCAUCGCCGACCGGCAAUUUCGCCGGCAAAAUGGCGCGUUCAUCGCGGCUGGUCUGGUUGACGUGACCGAUGACGUUAUCCAGGCAACACUCGUUAUGCUACCCACGCACGGGGCAGCACUCCAAGCAGUCCAAGUGGCAGCAUUUGACGCGUCGUGGCAGACUGUGACAGCGGCUGUGUGGGCAGUAGUGACCAAAUACCGCGGGUUCACAGCACCAGAUCACGCCUCUGUGGUAGCUCGCAUCCAACGUCUAUCAAAUCCACUGGCCAACAUAUGCACGGGUGAUGUCUGGUCGCAGGUUGUCGAACACGUCGACGAGUGGACAUUGUACGAUCGCUUCAAUCUUCCUUGCAGCGACGGCGGAGUGGAUGGCCAUCAUUCCAACAACAUCCGCAAGCUGUUUCAGGAGGAAAGCCGAAGCGUGUUGGUGUGGCGCACAGUCCUUGAAGACGUGCUGGUGCCUCAUAUGUCGAAAGGGGCGGUGGACGACUCGUGGGGUUGGUGAGUCGUUCGGUUUGUAAAGGCACUCUCAACAAGAAGCUCGAUGUGCCGUAGGAUCGAAGCGGUGCCGCAUCCACUCGACAGCGCCAAGUGCCAACUCAAGUGCUUGCUUCAGGUUCCAUUGGGCCCAGUAUUGGCGACUUGCCGUCGCCUUCAAGCUGGAGCAAGUGGUGCAGCGGCAACCGAGCACACCGAGAACACAGUCGUAGAAAUGGUGCAGCGAUCGUGCUUUGUCCAGCCUGACAACGCCACGGUCGAUGUGAAAACGAUUCCGUAUCCUGCCAUUCGGACCAUGCUCGAACGCGGGAAAGCAUUUGAGCGGGCGCUACGGGCAAAGGUGGCAGAGCUCGGUGCUACUCCAUGCGAACGCCCCUAGCCCGAACCAUCAACUCAUACCUGGUGCAUCCCUUGGCCAUGGGUGCAUGUGUAGAUAGAGUAUGUCUGUGACGGGUCCACAUCUCCGACCUGCCACAUCGUGGAAGCGUUUUCUAACUGUUUCAAACGUGUUUCAAACAUCAUGAAUUCCAAACUGUGCCAG